AGAGAUACUGUUUUUUCUUGUAUCUUUUCAUUAAAGCGACUAGUUUUAGACUUUUUCUUAAAUAAUUUCAGUUUUCUAAAAACAGUAGUAGUGUGUUUGCAUGUUUUGGUAUUAUGCAUUCAAAAUAAAUGUUAUGAUGCCCUUUUGAUUUUCUUUAAUAUUAAUAGAUUGUGGCAUCUGAUUUAAUCUGCCUACCUUUCCCUGUUGAGUUAGUAGAUGUAUUUUGAAGCAAGUAUGUGUCAGUGAGCCUGAGGUGUUAUUUUAAGUUAAAAAAAUAAAUAAAUUGUUUGUUAGGUUGCAGUAUAAGAUUGCUUUUCUAUUCUGUGCCUGUAAAUUAUUAUUAUUUAUUUAAUGUGUAUUAAAAUACAGUAUUUAGACUGGAGAAUUCUUGGCUACUUGCCAAUAAAAUAGAAGUUGGCAAAGCUGUAGAAUUAAGAGGCUGCUAACUUAAUAUUCUUGCUUUUGUGGACUCUUAAAAUUGUGGCAUCAUCAUUUCUUUUACGGAUCAUGGUGGGUUUUGUUUUGGGACAUAGCCUGAUGUCAUUAGUGUUGCAAGAUGGGAUGUGUUUUAUGUUGCAUCAAUUAUAUAGCAACUCUUCCUGAAUUUAUAGAACAUUGAUAGAAUGUUGGUUAAAUACAAGUGGGUUUACUAAUUCUGAGAAAAGGCAUGCUUGACAGUGAAAGAUGACUUAUGUGCCUUUUAUCAGCUGGCAGAUUCACUAUUAUAUUACUGUGUGUUUUUAGAUAGCUCUGUGUAGCAAGUGUACCUUGGUGAUUGGCUGAAAUAGUUUUAACUCUUCUACAGAGGAUAACUUUCCCUAUUGUGAGCAAUGAAGGCAGACUUUGAAUCUUCAGGUUGUUUAGACAGUGAUUUUUAUGUCUCUAUGAGCAUAUCUUUCUUAAAACAAGCUAUUGUCAUCUGAUUUUUUCCUUCGUUGUUGUAUUUGUGAGUUUCUUAAAAGCAGUGGGCUUGUGGAUAUAGUGCUGCAGAAAGAAGUACAGUGAAGUUAGAUACCACAAAACUAUUAAUAGACUUGGUUAUGGCCUAUUAAUACAAUUUAUAUUAAUAUUUGCUCAGAUUACUCUGUGUUCAUAACUGUUUGUAGUGCUUCUGCUUUGUGUUUUUCCUCCUCCAGCUCAAAUCAGAAAAGCAUUAAACUGAUACAGCCAGAUAAUCUUUAUCCUCCUCAAAAUGCAAGUCAGUCUUGUGAAUUUCACCCACUUGUCAACAUAAAAUUUACACCUCUCCUUCAGUGUGAUCUUUCCUUUUAGUCACUGUCAUUUUUCAAUUGUGUGGGUUUGGUCAAUUUGGGUACCUUAACACUUCUUUUUUCUUCACAACUAUGGAUUAAAUUGUUCAAGUUAUUCUUCAGAUGCUUUGGACUUUGAGACUGAAAACCAAAUAGAUCCAGUAUUUGAUUCUCCAAGAAUGUCACGACGUAGUUUACGGUUAGCUGCUGCAACACUUAAUGAAUCAGAUGAUGCACGAAACCGUGGCCUCCAUGACACCUCUUAUUCUGCUGGCAACAUGUCCUUCAGAGAGAAGCCUUCUAAGGUGGUGAAGGAACGCAGAAGUGUGAAUAAACAGUCUGGCAGCGAAAGAUUCACACCAAGGAAAAAUCUCUCCAGCUCUUCUGCUUUAAGGCAGAGCAGCUUCAGUAGCCAUGGCAGUGAUACAUUAAUGGUAUCCACUGUAUUGGAUGAAUCUUUGAUUCAGGAGCAGACAAAAGUUGAUCAUUUCUGGGGUCUUGAUGAUGAAAGCGACCCUAAAGGUAGUGGUACUGCACUGCUGCAGGGACAUGGUGAUAUAGCAACAUCAGAAAUGCAGACCACAGUGAUUAAUGGCUACACUUGCAAUGAGUGCAGCAUGCUUUCUGAACGGAAGGAGGUUCUUACAGCACAUUCAGCUUCUCGUGUGCCAUCUUCAAGAAUUUACUCUAGGGAUAGGAGCCAGAAACAUACAUCUAGAGGAACCUAUUUCUACAUGAGUAAGAUUCUCCGAUUGGUCAAACAUGUUGCAGCAUCUUUUGCAUCACUGUUAGUGCAACUAUUUCAAAUGGUUUUGCUGAAGCUGGGUUAUGAAUUCAGAGCUCACUCGGACUACUGUGGAAGCAUGAAUGUGAAGGGGUCUUACAGAGAAGAUAGACAUCUUGGUGUAACUCAGGAAUCAAUAUGUGAUGACUGUAAGGGGAAGAAAAACCUUGAAAUACACAUCACAGACCACAUGCAGUCCUCAUGGGCUGAAAGGGUAGCAAGGACCAUUUGGCACACCUUUUCUUAUGCAGGUUACUUUAUGCUUCACGUGUUGCGGACAGUGGGAGCAACAGGAUGGCUUGUGUCUCAGAAGGUGUUGUCUCUACUUUGGCUGGCCAUUCUUUCUCCAGGGAGGGCAGUUUCUGGCAUGUUCAACCUGCUUAGAACUGUGUGGCAUCAACUUGCUACUCUCAUGUCUUUGCUCAAGGUGUUUCUUCUUGGAAGAUGCCCUCGAAAGGCCUACAGGCUGUUCCUGGUUCUUAUCCCACUCUUGUUUCUGCUGGGUAUAUGGUUCUGGGGGCUUGAUGGCUUCAUUUCAUUAUUAGCUUCACUGAAUUGGACAAGAAAUGAUAGGCUGCAGGGAAUACAUGACCCUAGUCAUGAACAGCAGGAUGAUUUUAUUAACUCUGUUCAACCUCCAAAGGAUACCAUAAGUAUCUUCGAUUCCGCUUACCUAAGUGAGCUGGAAAAGCAAAUGGCCUUUGUAUCUGACAAGUGCCAUCACCAUGAAGAAGAAUAUAGUAAAGUGAUGUUUCUGCUCCAUAAUCUUCAAGAUCAGGUUGCCCAGAUGAGCGACAAAAGUGAAACAUUGAAGUUAAUAAAAAACACGAUUGAUCAACAUCUUAAAGACAUGAAAGCAGAGAAAACGACUGAUUUCCUGGCUUUACAUCAAGAACAUGAGUUGCGCAUUCUGAAGCUGGAAGACCUUCUUGAAAAACUCUCAGCUGAAUCCAAGGGCAUCCAGAAGCAGCUGGAGAUAGCCAAAGCAAGAGGGGAUGAUGCGAACAGUCAAAUUUUGUCCAGAGUUAAAGAGCUAGAACUAGAGUUGUCCCAGAUAAAAUCAGAGGUGUCAACUAUGGAAAGUGUGAAGAGAAGUUGUGGGAAAAUAGAUGCCAUUCAUGAAAAAGUAGAUGCACGGGUCAAAGAAUCUGUCAAGCUGAUGCUUUUUGGUGAUGGACAAAAAGACUUUUCCGAACCGCUCCUCCAAUGGCUUACAUCCAAUUUUGUGAGUAAAACUGAUCAUCAGACUGUGCUGCGGGAUCUGGAGUUGCGGAUCCUCAAGGAUAUUAAUCUCCAAAUGUCUGCUACAAAACAAAAACUAACACCUGAAGUCAUAACGAAUGCUGUGAGCAAUGCAGGGAUGUCUGGCAUCACAGAAGAGCAAGUACAGAUUAUUGUAAACAAUGCACUAAAACUCUACUCUCAAGACAGGACUGGUCUGGUGGAUUUUGCCUUGGAAUCUGGAGGUGGCAGCAUUCUGAGUACUCGCUGUUCUGAAACCUAUGAUGCCAGAGCAGCAGUUGUGAGCCUCUUUGGAAUUCCUCUGUGGUAUGUCACUCAGUCUCCCAGAGCGGUGAUUCAGCCGGAUGUGUAUCCAGGAAACUGCUGGGCUUUCAAAGGAUCACAGGGACAUCUUGUAAUCAGACUUUCAAUGAGGAUCUAUCCAACUGGCUUCACACUGGAACACAUACCAAAAACACUUUCACCAACAGGAACUAUCACCAGUGCUCCCAGGAAGUUUUCAGUAUAUGGUCUAGAUGAUGAAUAUCAAGAAAGUGGCACGCUUCUAGGACAUUAUGUGUAUGAUCAAGAAGGAGAACCACUGCAGAUGUUUCCAGUGAUGAUGAACCAAGAAAAUGCAUUCCAAAUAGUGGAACUGAAAGUUCUUUCCAACUGGGGAAAUGAAGAAUAUACGUGCCUUUAUAGAUUCCGAGUGCAUGGGAAUGUUGCCAAAUAAUCUCCUACACUACAGCUGGGGUUGGGUUUGUUGUAUGUUUUGUUGUCUAUUUUGUUUUUUUCACUUGAGCUAGAACCAGAACCCAUGGUUAAGUUGCUAUUAAAACCAGGUGUUUUCAUGUUAUAGGUUACAUAAUUCAGAUUCGAAUUCUCCUGUUUAAGUAGAAAUUAGGUAGCCAAUGUAGGAAUAUUUUGGAUAACACUAACUUAUUUUUUAAAAAAUAAAAAGUAAGAUAGGAUUUUGUGCAAUGUAUUUUUGUAAAUGCUUUUCAAAAUGUCUGUUAUUCUUUGCUGCUUCUAAACUGUGACAAAAUGCUAUCAAGAUGUUUAAAUAAAGAGUUUUAAUUUU